CAUGUCUGGAAGAGAGAGAUCACGAGAGGGAGUCCGAUCCGCUGAAAACUCAGAGAGGAUUAAGAGAGGAGAAGAAGCGGAUAAAGAUGAUACUAGGCUCAGUGAAGUGAAGAUAUCUUUUCCACAGUGGGAACUUCUGAAGCAGGAACAAUUAAAUAUUCUUCUCAAUCUGCCUGUGGACCAAGUGCAGUUACAGUUUGAGGAUAUCCUGAAUAUCAAAAACCAACAAACGUGUGUGAAAGAAGCUGCGCUGUUGGAGUAUUUUGUUAAUGGAUUUUGGUGGGCCAAAGAGAUGAACUUCAACUCUAAGCAAAUCUCGUUUAUCAUGGCACUUUUGCAGCAACUACUUGACAACAUAAAAUACAAACAGUCAUCAUUUGCUGAAAAUUUCAAGGCAUUUACCCAAACAGUUCUUGCCACCAGACAAUCCUCAUCCACACAAGAUAAAGCCAGUUUUUUAUUCACCACUGAUCAAAUCAAAGCUAUCACAGAUUACUUCAAGACCAGUCUUUUCCAGCACUACAGACUAUAUGAAUUAUUGUUCAAUCAUAGAAGAGAGGAGAAACUCCUGAAAAUAGAGAAGUGCAUUGAGGUGAUCAACCCUGCUGAGUUUGCUGCCCCGCUGGAAGAAGGCAUGCCCGCUGAUCUGUACUUCCAUUACAUGGCUCCCCCACGUGUCCAAACGCCUGAGCAGGCUGUGCAGGUAUCUCAUAUGGAGAAUGUUGAAGAACCUGGAAAAGCUGAGCUGGAAGAAAGUCCUGGGAAUCACGUGGGCUUCCGUGUGGAAGAUGUUCGAGAGGUGCUGGGGGAAAUGACCCAGGAGAUGUUAGCAAAACUGCAGGCCGACUUCACAGAGAAGCUGCGAGUUCAUGAGGAGACCUACAUCUCGAGGUUAGAGCGACUUCAAAAAGGCUCUUCCAAAUAGCACUGAUGAGAUGCCAAGAGGAUUUCCCACCAGUAUUUACUAAUUCAAUCAGAACGAGUCUGAAAAUAACACAGAAUAUGGCACUGGUGGUUUAUACCGAACAUUUUAUACACUUCAACCUCAUUUAUGUCAAGCAAAACUACUUUAUCAGUUUUGUGCGAUGUUGAUAAGAGAUUAAAUAAAUGACUGGUGAUCUGGUGACAUUCUUGAUUUAUUCAGCAAGAUAAAAUGAUGCAGAUGAAAUUCGGGAUGCUGUUCAUGCAAGUCAAGGAGGGAGCAGAAUAUCUAAUUAAGUUGUUUGUAUAAGGUUUUUGUGGCACCUUUCCCACAAGUCAUUAGCUGUCUGAAAGUAGCCCAGCGCUAUGGCAACGCUGUGUAACUCAGUCUAAAUAGCUGAGUUGCCAUAUAAAGUGAUGUAUUAUUAAAGCUGAAUAGUGACUUUUCCACUGCGUUUGAGAAAGCCCACAUAUAACUAUAAAUAUCCCCCGCAGUACAUAUGAAAGAAUGCUGAUCAUUUUUUUUGAAACUCGCAGCUCUUAUUUUCCAUUUUCACAGCGCAAUUAUUCCACAUCACAAGGCACAUUCUGCAUACGCAAUACCGUCGGAGAUUAUUAUUGUUAUUAUAAAGAUGAAUUAUUAAUUUAGCCCAUGUCAUUCCUAUUAUUAAAGGUCUCAAACUCUCACUACACAUUUAAUACUUAAACAGAUUAUGAUUGAUGGGUGAAACAGGUCCAUUUAAUCAGCGCAAUAUCA